CAAGACAUCUCCACCCUACAGUAUUCAAACCUCUCUCUUGCCACUGCCCCUGCUGAUUUUGCCCCAGCAAACUCUUUAAAUUACCCUGUAACCCAGCCCAGUACAGCCUCUCAUUUUAACCAGACCUCCUUUAGUACUUAAGACCGUCGCCAACAUCCCUGUCCUCUCCAGCCUCAGGACCAGUUCAAUGGUGGAUUGUUACAGUAUACAUUCUUCUACGGGACAAGGGACUCUUAAGUUGCCAGCAUGUCUAUUGCCAACACAGCCGCCCAGGCAAUGCUCUCCGAUGCCCUGCUGAGGGACAGUAAUGGCGACAGACACCUGGAAUUGGAUUUGCCUUUGGAUAAAGUCAUCAAGUUUGUAUCUGUGGGUCUGCCACUGCUUCUGGUGUCCAUGGCAUUUGCCAGAGAGAUUUCCAUCGGACCACAGAUCAGCUGCUUUCCUCCCAACAACUUCACAGCAAAGCAGGCAGCAUAUGUAGACACAUACUGCUGGGACUCUCUAAUGCACCACGAGUUUGACACAGAUGGAAACUUUGAAGAACGUUCACUGUGGGUGCACAAAAUUUUUCCAUACUCCUUAUUGGUCAUGGCCGUGAUGAUGUACAUACCUACUUUGAUAUGGCGUUUUCUGGCCACGCCCAGCCUGAGCUCUGACCUGCUCUUUAUCAUUGAUGAACUGGACAAAUCUUACAACCGCUCCGUCCGUCUGGCUCAAAACAUUCUGGAGCUUAAAGAAAGAACCGAUGACCCUUUGCAGUUUCAAGCUGAGCUUGAGAGAGCCAAACGCAUGCGAUACUUUGAGUACCCCCUGCUGGAGAGAUACAUGCAGUGCAAGCAUGGCUCCUAUUUCCUGGUCAGCAUGCUUUUCUUGCGAAGUUUCCUUCUGCUGACCUUCAUGUCUGCAUCGUGCCUGUACUUGGUCUACUUCCACCUCUCCGCGUUCCUGCAAGAUGAAUUCAGCUGUUACGUACGCACCGGGCUCCUGCGUGACCAGCCCUGGGUGCCUGAGCUCGUUCAGUGUAAAAUGACUGGCCUGCUUGUGUUCCAGGUCAUUAGCGUGGCUAACGGCGCCGUCUAUGUGCUGCUGGGCCCUAUUGUUCUCUUUAGCCUACUGCGAUUGUUCUGUUGGGACACGACCUUCCUCUCUCUUUACGAGGUGCUGCCUGCGUUAGGCCUCAUCAGCGGGCAGAAACUGGGCUGCCCGCUUAAUGACCUGAACGUGCUGCUGCUCUUCCUACGCGCCAACGUAGCACAACUGCGUUCGUACGGGCGCCUGAGGGCCGUCUGUUCCCUCGCGCCUCCUCGAGUGAAGACCGGAAAGCGCUUGAUGACGGAGGAGCAGGCUGAAGAGGCGGCGGAGGCUGUGGAAGAGCUCGAGGAGGAGAUUAGGGAGGCCAGAGAGGAGGGCAAGCUUAAUCUUGUAGACCUCAUGACUGCGUUGGGAGCAGCCAGAGGGAAAGUAGUGCACUGCCCACAGCAGCACCCCCUUGUGGAGGAAGACAUGACGCUCGAGCCAAACCACCAUGGGUACCAUGAGUUGCAGGAGACUACAACAUGUUGUUUUGCCUAAAGCACCAACCAGUGGACUGGUCCUAAAGGCCUUGUAGAACAGCUAAAUCUAUGAGAUGAAUAAUGAUGAAGAUAGCGAUUAGUUUACUCUUUAAAAUCAUUUUCUUUCAGUCUAGAAUUAAAAUUAAAGCCUAGACUUAAAUAAAUCCCUAUGGGUGUCUGACACACCUAAGGAAUACAAAAAGCAGAAAUCUGCAUUAUAAUAUAACCUUUCAAAAAGCCUCCAAAAUAGAGUUUCCAUACUGUAUAACUUAAGCAUAUUACAUAUCUCUAUUUAUUUUUUAUUUUUUUCAUUCUAAUUAUCUAUUCUGGGUUGAUACUAAGCAUAAUCAUCUUUUGUAAGUGAAAUAAAUUGUUUGUAUCUGA